AUGGCACAAGUUUCGGCCCAUACAUGUUCAUUAUGUGAUGAAAAUAAUGGAGCAUAUUACUGUUAUGAAUGUCAGCAAGCUCUAUGUACAGUGUGUCGCAACAGACAUGGUAAGAUUCCAGCUCUAAGUGGGCACACGGUCGCUGAUAUUAACAUAGUUAACCUUUCGACCGUCAACAAAACAAAUUCUUGUGAUACACACAACAAAGAAAUUCAGUUUUAUUGCACGGAAUGCAGUGAUCUUAUUUGCAGUAAGUGUGUAACAUCGACACACAAAUCCCACUCAAUUUCAGACAUUACUGAUGUAGUUUUAGAAGAAAGGGAAAAGGCUAAGGAGAAUAUCAAAGAAUUGAAGUUGAAAACUGAGGCAAUAUCCAGCCUGCAAGAAAAAAUAAGACGUGAACAUAUUGAAAAACUUCACGUUGAAAGCAAAAAUUGUAUUGAACACAUGGAAUCUGUCUGUAAAGAUCUACAUUCCUUUAUAGAAGCAAAGGGUAGUAUGAAAACAACCGAGGUAGAGGAUAAUGAAAACAUUGAAACAUCUAACUUCGAAGCAUUUCUAAAGAAUACUGAUUUGAUUCAAAAACAAUACGUACACAUAUUAACAGAACUUGAGAAUCUUUUAGUAGAGAAACACGACAUAACAUUUUAUUCGAGUUAUUUAUCAAUUCAAAGUAAUAUUCAAACAUUGGUUAAUAUACCCGAAGAACCACCCUUUGCACAAGUACCAAGUUUUGAUGAUGAAGUCUUGUAUAGAGAAGCUAUGGAACAUAUGGAGUCAAAGAUUGACAAGAGCUUAUGUCAAAACUGCUCUGUUCAGAAGAAGAAAAUAGAAGAUUUACAGUUAGAAUACAAAAUUUGCAAGGAAACUUUUCACAGAGGCUUAGAAACAAAAGAUGAGGAACUCAAAACGGUAUCAGAAAAUGUCAAAUUAUUACAAGAAGAGAUGACCACAAUGCAGUCAACUUUUGCGAGUGCAACAAACCAAAAAGAUGCACAGAAUAAGAAGCUUUCCGAAAACAUUGAAAGUUUGAAGAAGGAAAGUGCUAAUCCACAUCCUAUUCCAGAUAUGUCAAUGAUGAUGCGUAAUCGAAGGCCACCACUACCCAGCAGACCAGUUUUGCCAUCUAAGUGUGUGACAUCGACACACAAUACACAUCCUUUCUCAGAAAUAACCGACAGUGUGCUAAAAGAUAGAGAAAAAGCAACAAAAGUUAUCCAGAACUUGAAAUCGAAAAUAGAAGAAAUUUCAAACCUGCAAGAAAAAUCUAAAGGAAAUCACCUUAUACAACUUCAUAAAAAGAGUAAAGAAUGUGUUGAGCUGAUCGAAUCUGUCUGUAAAGAACUACAGUCGUAUAUAGAAUCAAAGCGGGAUAAUAAAACAAUCGAGAUAGAAGACAACGAAAACAAAGAGCAACGCAAUUUCGUGGCAUUUCUUGCGAACACUGACUUGGUUCAUAAACGAUACACACAUAUGCUAUCAGAACUUGAGAAUCUUAGGUCUGAGAAACAUGAUGUCACAUUUCACUCGUGCUAUAGAUCAAUACAAAGUGAAAUUCAGGAAUUAGUUGGAAUACCCAACGAACCGCGUUUAGCAGAGGUUCCAAGUUUUACCAAACAACUUCUGCAUGAAGAAGUUAUAGAAUAUAUGAAAUCAAAGAUUGAAACAAGUACAUGUAAACAAUGCCGUGUGCAGAAGAAUACAAUAAAAGAUUUGCAGUUAGAAAACAAAAGAUACAAGAACAACAAUGACAGAACAAUCAGAGAGAAGGACAACGAAAACCGAAGAUUGACAAGAGAAAAUCAAUGUUGGAAGGACGAAAAAAAAUUAAUGGAAGAAAAGUACGUAUAAAAAAGUAGUAAGUCUUGG